AUGAAAUACUUAGCUGCCUACUUGUUGUUAGUCCAAGGUGGAAACGCCUCCCCAUCAUCGCAAGACAUCUCCUCCUUGUUGGAGUCGGUUGGUGUCGAAGUUGAAAGCGACAGAUUGUCCCUCUUGUUGAGAGACUUGGAAGGUAAAGACAUCGGUCAGUUGAUUGCUGAAGGAAACACCAAGUUGGCUUCGGUUCCAUCUGGAGGUGCUGCUGUCUCAAGCUCUGCAGGUGCCGGUGCCGCUGCCGGUGGUGCUGCUGCCGAAGAAGCUGCUGAAGAAGCCAAGGAGGAAGAAAAGGAAGAGUCUGACGAUGACAUGGGUUUCGGUUUGUUUGACUAA